AUGAGCCGUGCAACUGAGCGAUUGGAGGUGUGCGAGGGCGCGACAGCGUACCGCAUGGCAAGCCUGCUGCAACGUCCGCGUACGGACGAGGUCGUUGAUGUAGGGUCGCUGCGUGGAACGACGGCGCAGAUCGAGGAGUUCCUUGCCAUGGCGUCACGGGUGCCUGCUGUGCGGAUGGAACCGGACUGGAUGCGACUGGGCAGCGGCGGCAGCAGCGACGCGGAGGAGCUAGAGUCGGUGGACGAGGGGCCCACGGCGCAGCUGAACGUUGUCGCUGGAGUGCUGGAGGAGGUGGAUGGCGCCGCGGAGCGGCCCGAGGUGUCAUGCCUCGACGGGCUUGUGCUCCCAACUGCUGCAAAUCAGCAAGAGCUGCAGCGGCACACGGUAGAGCAGGCACAGGCAAUGCUGAACCUGCUGAGCGCGCUCUUGCCGUCCACGCCCGUGUCGGACGACUGCAGUGCGGCGUCGCGCGCGGCGGGGCACGUCCCGAUAAGCAAAGAGGACGAUGACGACAGCGUGGCCGUGAUGAACGCGGACGACCUGAUGGGUGAGGACUCAAGCGAGGACGAUGCGCCGGCGUGUCACCGGGGCAUCAUUGAGAUAAACUGA